AUGGCGACUCCGAUCGGUUCUCCCCGUGUCCCCUCGACUGUCGGUUCUUCACUAGUGACGCCAGUUGCUCGGGAUGACGAUCAGAGAGCUCAGCACCAUGCGCCGCUUUUGCCAUGCUCUGCUGCCGCUUUCGCAACGCCUGGCACGAUGCACGCCGGCAUGCUGCCUGCUUCUGCCACCGCUCGUGCUUUGCCUUUGUUGCCUGCCUUUUCUGUGUCCGCUGCUCCUGCUGCUUCCGCACCUGCCCUUCUUCCGACCGAUCCUUCUUCUUGUCCUCUGUCCCUUCGCGGGGAUCCAGAGGGCGCUCGGGCCCUUUUUGGGUCCGGGCCGGACGGCCGUGGUCCACCGAUUUCGGACCCGGCGUCCUUCCGUCCACCGCGCCCCGAUUCUUACGGGCCGGUGGCUGGCCGCGGUGGAGCCUUGCUCCCCGACGAGCCCAUGAACGACCAUCCGGGUGCGCCCCAUGUUUCCGUCGCAACGAUUACCGCGGCGGAUCAUGGUGGUGCUGCCCCCGCCACCGAUUACGGCGGGAGGCUUACCGGACCCUGUGCUGUCAGGGCCCUGGUCGAUGAAGCCAUUGGGUCGGAAGCAUCCGCGCGUAUCGCCACCGAUAUUCUGGCGAUCGCGCAGGGUGUGACCAAUACCCAAGCCGACCUCGAUAUACUGAGGAACGGCGUCUCGGACAUCGCUGAAGCACUUGAGAACAAGAUCCGAGACAUGUGGGAGCUUCUUCAGGGCGCGUUGAGUGAUGAGCAACAGCGUCUCACUCACGUACAAGACUCGAUCCGAGAGAGACGGAUUUCAGAUCUCGAGUCCCUUGAUGAGCGUUUCGAUAGGCUUAACUCGAUGCUGAAUGACCGAUUCAUUGAGUUCGAUGAGCGGAUCCACCAAUUCAACGAGAAGCGUGCUGGAUCGCUAUCCAUGCAGCUUGCUGAGACGAUCCGUCACAUCAAACAGUACCCCGAUGCGCUGCGGCAAAUCUUGAUCUCUAAUGCCGAAUCGCGUGUCGCUGCGGUUGAGCAGAACGCUACUCACCGCAUUGAGGUGAUUAGAUCCGAGAUGAGCCGUGCUCUCUACGAUCAUAAGGAGAGUAAUCGAGUUCUCAUCGAUCAGCUCACUGCUCGCAUUCAGCACCUCGAGAGCGCUCAUGUCCGCAGGGGUGGUUCUGACUUGUCGACGCCUUCGCGCCCGGAACGGACGCAGUUCUUCGAUAUCAGUGACCAUGAUGGGGAUUUUCCCCGUCCUGCGGACUUGCCGCCAGUCCGAUUGAUCAUGGCUCUCCGCCGGGAUGCAAUGCUGAAGAUCUCCGAUUCCGGCCGUUCCGUCCACAAAUGCCGCCGGAGCGACAUCCGGCCGAGCCCGACCUUCCCGUGCCAAAUUUCCUACGACACUCGAACUGUUCCGGCAGGGAAGGGACCUUCAAGAUGGUAUGAUGCAAUGCUUGGCCGAUCCAAUCUCAUUGGCAGCAGUUCUGGUGCACCUGUUCUCCAUAGCGAGACCGGUACCUUCACGCUGGCACCGAACACAAGCGUCACUGCAACGCUUCGCCCUACUGCUACCGAUGACAGUGAUGGAUGGGCUAUGCCUCCGAUGCCCACCUUUAAUGCCAGAACGUCCGCCCCUGCACCCAGUGCUGCGCCAUCCGGACUAGUCGGACCGCCGCCUGCGCAUGGCGGUGACGGUGGUUCUUUCGGUGGUGACGGCCCCAACAAUCACGGGGGUGCGUACGGUGGUGGUUUUGGAGGGCAUGGACACCACGGGUCCGGUUUCGGCCCUGGUGGCGGUGGUGGACCUCCCAGUGGCCCGCCCGGCGGCCCGCCUGGUGGUGGAGGCCCUCCCGACGGGAGUGGUCCGCCCGCUGGUGGCCUUGAUCCGCCGAGCAUCAGGCCCUCAGGUCGACCGAGCGGGAAUGAUACUGUCCAGUGCGAGCGCUGCACCGGAACGUUCCCGACCACCGUGCGACGGCCGUGCAUCUCUUGCCGGUUCUCGUGCUGCAACGGAUGUUGCCGAGAUCCUUUGAGAAUCUGUCUCGUGUGUCUUGAAAGACAGACUGGGAAUCCACCUGGUCCUAACGAUACGGGAUCCGGUGGACCCAAGGGCGAUGGAUCGCUGAGCGAGGCUAAGAAGGCAAAGUGCAAAUCCUUUCGGCUCGACCCAGAGCCCGAGCCCGCUCAGCUGCGACGCUGGAUCGUCGAUAUGAAAGAGCGAGUUGCGAAUGCAUUCGCAUACGAUCCCGGAUACGCACUCUCAUGGGUUGAGAUUCCCGAUGGUACACGAUAUGAAGAUCUCCUUGAUGAGUGCAAGUACGGAAUGCUUGAAAACGAAUGCAACUCUGCAUUCCGUGAGUGCGUCAAGUCCAUUGCACUGAAGAAUAAGAUCCAGACCGAAACCGAGCGCAUGCAUACGAUAAAUCGGCGACUCGGCAGUAGGCAGAUCUUAUGGUUGUUGUAUGAUUUCCUUCGACCACAUGUCACUGGCGAUUCGACUUUCAAGCUCGUUGAUCUCAUGAAGACCACGAUUGAUCGGUUUACUCAUGGAUCCGAGCAGGAAAGGCUUGAAGCCUUCUCCAACCGAUGGGAUCAUGUUCUCGCUGGUAUAUCAGUCGAUCGCCCCGAGGAUCCUGUCCUUUGCGCCCUCUUCUAUGAGCAGGUGCGUGAGUUCCGCUGUCUCGAGUUCGAUAUGCAGUUGUGGGACAGGGAUGUGUCAGUUCGGAACUACGCAUACUUGCGGACCGUCUGCGUCAAUGCGAUUACAACUUGGCGCCGACGACGCAACCAGGAGAAGAUGUACACCGCCACACGAUCUACCUCUGCGCAGAGACGAUAUGCUGCCUCCUGGCCGCCGAGACUCCAGAAGAGGGAGUCCAUACCGAAGGAGCUCGCCAAGGCACACGUCGCCCAGACGAUCCUCCCCGAGACGUGGUUCGCCGAGGCGAUACUCGCGCAGUCCGGGAAGGGCCGCUCCUGCGCCAACGCGCCCUGCAUCACGAUCUCCACGAGGACGGGAAAUCUGCUACGAUUUCAAGAACGGCAGAUGUACGCGAGGAAGCGGUUGUAA